AUGAAGCUUUUUCCUAGGGCUAAUGAUCAGUCAACUACCACACCACUGAAGAACAAAUCGGUAUAUGAACUUCUGUCUUUGAAGGGAAAAGUGUGUGCGGUUACAGGUGGAUCCCGAGGAAUAGGAGCAGAAGUUGUUGAUGCAUUUGCUAGUGCUGGAGCAGAUGUGGCUGUUUUUUACCAUUCAACAGAUAUUUCAGGAAAGCUUGGACCUUUGAAUGCAAAGUAUGGAACUAAUUGUAAGGCUUAUAGGUGCGAUGUGACGGAGAUAGCUUCAUUGGAUAAGACAGUCUCUAAAAUUGUCUCUGAUUAUGGUAAAAUUGACGUUUUUGUUGCGAAUGCGGGUGUGGCAUGGAAAGGUGCAGAUAUAUUGAAGGAAUCUAAUGACCAGGUUGCUGUAGAACAGUGGAAAAAAUUCCUUCAUCAAGAUGUUGAUGCCGUGCAUUACAGUGCAAGAGUGAUCGGUAGGGUAUUUAAAGAACAAGGUUUUGGAUCAAUGAUAAUAACAGGUUCAAUGUCUGGAGCAGUGGUAAAUGUACCACAACUUCAAGCAGCAUACAAUGCAGCUAAAGCAUUUGUUAUUCAGUACGCAAAAUCAUUAGCCAUCGAGUGGGUAGGAUUUGCGAGGGUUAAUACUGUGUCUCCGGGGUAUGUGAGCACAUCUUUAACUGGAAGCCUUCCAAAGGAAUUAAAAGAUACAUGGAACACAUUAAUCCCAAUGGGGAGAUCUGCUCUCCCAAAAGAGCUAGCGGGCGCUUAUUUAUAUUUAGCAAGCGAUGCUGCAACAUAUACUACCGGCUCUAAUAUAACUGUUGAUGGGGGAUACACCGCCAUUUAG